CGGUUAUCACUAUUGUGAUAUUUAUUAAGCUUGUAAGGUUUGUUUUGAAUUUGUUUUUCUACUUGUCUGACGGAAUGGUACGUUUAAGCAUAAUUGCAUUUGCUGUGAAGCCUCGCGUUUCACUCAUUAAGUUUCGCAAAGGUGGACUUGCUCCUAUUGACCGUACAGAACGUCUGUCGUCAGCUUCUACAGAGAGUGCUACUCGCAGUACAGCUAUUGAAGACUGGGAAUUGCCAUAUCGGUAUGCACGUAAACCUAUUGACAAGGUUGAAAUGGAAUAUAUUAAUAACGGUGGAAUUAUUUAAAGUGUUUCGUCAAAAAAGGAAAACUUGAUAUAUUUGUCAUGAAGACAGAAGCGUUUGCAUAUUUUUAUUAAUAAAUAAAUCAAAGAAUGCAGUUUCGAA